AUGAACCAAAACACAACCUACCUCCUCGACAGCGUCCGAAACGACCCGUCCACCCGCCCCCCCUUCUUCUGGCAUCAUAUCCGUCCCGAGAGUCAGCGAUGGGGCAUCAUGGAGAUCUGGAGAAAUGCGGGCCCGGCUACGCGGCCUUUUUUUGAUAGGGGCAUUACGAAUGGCGAGUAUGGGCCGAAUUGGGUCGCGGCUUGGUUGUUGUAUAGUGUUUUUCGGUCGAGGGAUGUGAGGAAUAAUCGGAAUCGGAGGAGGGGGGAUGAGAAUUUGAGUGUUUCGAGACGAAAAGAAAAAGGCGGCUCUAAUACUGCAUCUGCGAAAGAACCCGCUGCGAAGAAGGGAUACUAUGAUCCUGUCAGGAAUGGGACUCUUUGA